AUGGAGGCGAGGGGAAUGGCUUCCUCUGGGACAACGACUUCCAUUUUUGGGGAUGUAUUCAACGCCGUGACGUCAAAGAUUGCAUCCUUAUUUGCAUUCUACCCACCACCACCCUCAUACAAUUUGAGACCGUCAUCCAGUGACACCGAGAACAUCCAGGAGAUUUUUUUCAGGGAGGAAGCGGGACAGGUGUGUGAAAAAGACGAGAAGGAACGCUUCGAGGUGGGAUUCGCUAAUACUUCCCGAGGAAGCAGAAUCGUCACCUUGUUUAUUCGGUGCUCCGAUGCUGGGCAACGGACCAUCAUGUUAUCUCAUGGGAAUGGGGAAGAUCUCGGUCUCACGGCUGGUUUUUUGCUCGAAAUGAGCGAUGAGUUCAAUUUUAAUGUUUUCAGCUACGAUUACUCUGGGUAUGGGAGAAGCACAGGGAAGCCUUCAGAAGACAAUCUAUACGCAGACAUCGAAGCGGCUUGGGAGGUUCUGCGAACGAAGCACGGAGUCCCAGAAGAAAAAGUCGUUCUAUACGGUCGAAGCCUCGGAACGGCACCGACUGUUCAUCUGGCUUCCAAGCUGACAAAACUGCCAGGCGUCAUCCUCCACUCGCCCCUAUCGUCUGGGAUGGGGAUGGUUCUCUCCAGCAGUUGGUCCCUGGGUCCUUUCCCCGUGGCAAAGUCGGUGCCCCUCAUCGACUCGCCUGUGCUCGUCAUUCACGGAACUCAGGAUGAAGUCAUCCCGAUAUCACACGGGAGGACCGUGUAUGAGAGGUGUCGGAGAGCGGUGAUACCACUCUGGGUCGAAGGGGGAGGACAUAACAACAUACAGGUAUACCCCAAAUAUUGGGAACGAGUGGAAUUCUUCCUCACGAAAGAACUCUCUGGUGAAUGGGAACCACGUACUAACGUGGUUCUGUAG